UACCAAACUCACAUGACACUCUAAGUGUGGUCUAUAUAUUUCAAAAUCUAAGCUUUGUGCUGUCUCAUUUUCCCAUAUUUUUUCUAUUAUGUGCCAACUUCUCUGUCCUGCAUUAAAUCACAUGCCAAAAUAGUUCACCCUUUUUCAUGUAUUCUGAGUUUAUGUUUCCUUCACCAAAGGCCUAACUAAUUAAUAGUUCAUAUUCAAAGUUAGAGUUUGAUAUCAGCAGAAUCAUCAUCAUGGAUGGAAAGCAAGGGAGUGAAAUGCAGCCACCAGCAAAAGUGGCAGAACAAAAUCGUUAUUAUUCACAUAGAUCAAUUGAGACACUUAUAGUGGUGAUAGCAGUGAUCACUAUAGUAGGUGUUAUUGCAGGAAUGAUUGCAAGGUUGUGUGGUGGAAGACACUUUGGAGGAAAUGGUGAGAAUGACAUUGAAGGUUGGGUUGAAAAUAAGUGUAGAAGUUGCAUUGAUGCAGGACUUUCACCAGAAGCACCUAAAUCUGAAGAACCAAAAACAGGAGAUGAGAGUAAAUGAAAAAGAACCAAAGUCAGUAAGUAUAGAACUUAAUUGAUGAAUGCUUUCUUUUUAUACAGCUUUUGAACAAGUGAUGUAUAGAGUAGCAAUGUGUUAGUUUUAGAACAAUCUAAGUUUAUUCAUGUUAUGUUAUUGAACUUUCUAUUUCUACUUAAUUUCUUGCUCAUUAUUCAGUAUUGUGAUUUCUUCUUUUUCAUUGUCUUAAUUUUGUCCUACCUAGUUUCUUGAAACAAAACAUACAUAUUCCAACAUCUGCUGCUAGUUACUUGUAAUUCAAUAUCAAAAGUUGUGUAUAGACUAUUAAAUUAGGGACUUUA